CAUCACUUUUGGGUUGCGCGAAACAAUCUGUUCUUUUUUCAUUGGUGAAAUCUCUUGAAAAGUGUUACAUGAGUCUCUCGUCAGAGCAUUUUCAAUGCGGCUUCGUAUGUGUCUCUAACGAUGUCUUGAACGUCCUCGUAAUUUCUGCCAACUUCGUUGUAGUUUUGCCU